UUGAAAGCAGCCGGCAAGCGAGAAAAAAGAAAAACGCGACUCAUCUGUUGGUUGUUGGCGUUUGGUUGCAAACGAGGAGUCGCCGGACUGGAAGAAAGCAAAAGGUCGGAACCUGAGCAGCCUCUCGAGUGCAGCCCAUCUCAAGUCUCUGUCCAGUGCGAAUUAAAUUUAGCAUCGCUUGUCCGACACUGCGGCAGGGACGUCCGCGCUCUUCCCAUCAACAAACCACUCGACCGGACGUCAUUAGCUUCAGCAGAGAUGCCUGAGAGCCAGGUUCAGGAUUUCUACAAGGGAUGUGGCAUCUUCAUCACGGGAGCCACAGGCUUCCUGGGCAUGGGUUUGGUGGAGAAACUUCUCCGAUGCUGUCCCGACUCCGGUAAAAUUUACCUCCUGGUCCGACCAAAGAGGGGAAAGGCCAUCGAGGAGCGUCUCGAAGACGUCACCAAAAACAAGGUCUUUGAAAAGUUGAAAGAGACAAAUCCGGACGCUUUGCAAAAACUGGUGGCGGUCGCCGGAGACAUCGGUGAGGAGAAUCUGGGUCUGAGCGACGCCGACCGCAAGCUCCUUUUGGACAAUGUGUCCGUCGUCUUCCAUUGCGCAGCCACCCUCGACUUCGAGACUGGCAUCAAACCGGCCGUGCAGAUCAACCUGCGUGGCACCAGGAGCGUCGUCCAGCUCUGCCAAUCCUUGCCCAAGCUCAAAGCAUUUGUGCACGUCUCGAGCGCCUACGUCAACUGCCUACGCAGGGAGGUCAAAGAGGAGCUCUACCCUGUGGAACACGACCCUGACAAGAUCAUCGACCAGGUUCUUUCGGUGACCGAUGAAAGUGCUCUUGAGGAGCUUUCUAAAGAGUUGUGUGGUGAUCACCCGAACACCUACACAUACACAAAACUACUGGCUGAGCAUGUGGUUGCCAGAGCUGCAGCAAAAGUGCCUUCGGCGAUUGUUCGUCCCUCGAUGAUCACCUGCGCUGUGAAGGAACCAGUGCCUGGGUGGAUCAGCUCGACGAACGGCCCGUCCGGCUUUUUGAUGGGCGCCGCCAAGGGGGUGGUGCGUCGGCUGCCGAUCGCGACCGACGUCGUCUACGACUACAUCCCCGUCGACAUGGUGAUCAGCGAGAUGAUCGUGGCCGCGUGGCAGGCGGGCACGCAGAAGUCGUCGCAGGUGUCCAUCUACCACUGCACCACGUCCACGCAGAACCCGUUCCGCUGGCACAUGGUUUACAAGAACAUGAACAACAUGCUGCGCAAGUACCCGCUCGUCGGCGCCGUCUGGUAUCCCAACAUCAAGAUCCUCACCACGCUCAGCCUCUUCAAGUUUUCCUCCAUCUUCGUCCACUUCAUCCCGGGCUUCUUCCUCGACCUGGUUGCGAGAAUCACUGGCGGACGUCCAAGGUUGGUGACCUUGCACUCAAAGAUCAACAGCUCUUUGGACCGCCUGCAGUUCUUCAUCUACAACGAGUGGAAGUACCACAACGACCGCACCCGUGAGCUGACCGAGAAGUUGACUGGCGACGACAAGAAGGUGUUCGACUUCAACGUGGGCAACCUGGACUGGUACCCGUAUUUUGACACCAUGGCCCUGGGCGUCCGGCGCUACCUCAACAAGGAGGAGCUGAAGACGCUGCCGGCCGCCAAGAAGAAGCAGCGCAUCCUGCAGGGGGUGCACUACGCCCUUCUGCUCGCAAUCUACGGCGUCGCCUUCUACACCGGCCUCAAGCUGACCGGCGGCGACAAAACCCUGGCCCUGCUUUCGCUGCCCCUCACCUAUCUGUUCUUCAGCAUUAUUUAAUUGAUUGAUUGUUGAUUCCGCUUUUUACCAUUCCAUUACUGGUAUUUUUUUUUCUCUUUUCAGUCGUGUCAGUAUUUUUAUGCCGUCUAGCAUUUUUAUUCGAAUCUCCCCGCUGUAUUUUUCGGGUGUUGCAACCGAUCUGAUAUGGGAUUUAGGAAGAGCGGCGCAAUCGUUUUGCUGCUCAAUCAGCCGUGGAAAUUAAUGUGGAGCAGGUGUUGAUCUAAUUAUUGCUGAUUUCUUGCCACACGCUUCAAGUAUCGAAUCUCUCUCUACGGUGAGAUCACGUUACUUUAAGUAAUUGAGUUUAGAUUUUUUUUUGUUAUUGUCACUUUCGUAGCAUUUACUCGAUAUAUCUUCGAGAGAACACAGAAAUAAUGUUUGUAUUAAAUAAAAACAAGAGACUAAA